CCAGCGCCGAGGGACGCAGCCCGCACCAGCUCGUGUCGCCGGCCAGGCCGGCCUGCGGGAGGUUUCUAACCCGAUUGCAUGCGCGCCACCUGGCGGGCGGCGGUGUGCCCUCGCCGCGGCCGCUCUGGCUGUGGACGCUGUGGCGGCCGGCCGUCACGUACCUGUUGACGCUGCUGCUGUGCCAGCUGACGCCGGAUCGGUGGGCGCCUGUGCUGAACCCGGCCCUGAUGGCGGCCGGUCUGCUGACGCUGCGCGGCCAGAGCCACCGGCUCGGCCACCCCAGCCGUCUGCCGAGUCCAUUCGCGUUGGGAGGCGUUCUGGCGCUGACGGGGGUGUCAGUGGCGUCCGGUCUGGUCUACCUGAAGACCUACCGGCUGGUGCCGCCCGCCUUCGCAGCCCUAACGCUGGGCCUGCUGAUCGGGUUCGUGCUCUGCUACCACGCGGCAGCCACGGCCGAUCCCGGCCCGCUGGAGCCGACCGCAGACCUGGCCGCCACGCUCAGGAAGGUCGCCUCCGCCGUGACAGGCCAGGCCAGCUACUGCCCCGUCUGCAAGGUGAUGCGGCGCGACCUGGGCCGUCACUGCCGGCUCUGCGAGCGCUGCUUCCGCGGCCAGGACCACCACUGCCUGUAUAUGGCCAGUUGUGUCACAGCGGCCAACAGACGGCGCUACUUGCGCGCCCUGCUUCUCGGCGCCGCCGGCUGCGCCGCCUACCUCUGUCACGUGGCCGCCUACCUCAGGCAGGUGGGGCCAGCCGACCGUUGGCUCCCGCUCCUGCUCGGCAGCGACAUUUAUACUGGUAGUUGCAUUUUGGGCCACGUGGCGGCGCUGCUGUUCAUCAGGUCGCUGGUGUGGCACGAGCUGAAGUAUCUGUGGGCGGCUCUAGACGGCAGGGGCUGUCGCAAGGUCAGCAGGAUUGUGCGAUAUGUCUGUGGAGGUCCGAAUAUUUCCCGCACAGAGAGCUGCAUGGCCGCCUGACUCAGUAUUCGUGUCUGUGUAUUAUUGUUGUGCUGGUCGUGUCAUCAUUAUACCUCACCAUGCUCGCUGUGUCAUCACUGGAUGCCACCAUAUCCUAGUGCCAAGAGAUUGUGACUUGUCGUAUUUCUGAGCCCAUCGUGUUUGUUACACUAGCUUGUCUGUUGUCUUUUGCCAGUGCUACAUGUGUCACUUUCAUGACGUUACCGUGAUCAAUUCAGAGCGUAUUUGUAGAAUAACAUGCGAUUUGUGGUGACUUCGUUUUGUGCACGACGUUAACAUUUACAUGUGAAUGUUUGUCCCGCAUGCCCAUGAUUGAUCCAGCCAGUUUUCUCCCUCACUGUUUCAUCCCAAUCCCUCCACGGCCCGCCUCACCGUGGGGCACGCCGCCGUCGCUAGCCAUGAGUCUGCCCCAUGACCGCUCUGGUGAGAGUCCCGCUGCUGCACCCGAGCGCACCGCGUAGUGGAGUCCUUGGACGGGGUAAGAUUUGGCAACGGUAGCAACCCACGACGGCCGCGACGUUGCCCCGUCGCAUACCCGUCUCCUUCAUCCCGCAGCUGGCUAACCAUGGUACGUCUGAUGCCAUGCUAAGCAGAUUGCAGUGCUUGGAAUCAUAUGUUCAAACACAUCACGGUUUUCAUGUUCUUUUCUGGCGCGGAGUUUUUUCAGCUGGACCGUGAUCAUGUCAUUCAAGUUGCAUCUCGCUAAGUCGCUGUUGUCCAUCCUGUCCUACUCAUCGGGUGCCGUGGUGCCUGAGCCCCC